AUGAAAAGGCAUUCUACAUCAUCCAGCUCAGAGAGACCAUCAAAAGGCGCAAAGCUAAAUGAAUGUGCAGUAGCACCAACUCAAGAAGCGAAUUAUUCCAGCACAGUAAAUCAAGAAGGUGCCUCUUCUUCCUCAAGUAAACCAGAGCUUUCGAAAAAAGUACAACAAAAGAUUGAUAAGCAAAAUGCACUUUAA